AUGCAAACACAGAACCAGCCAUCUAGCAGCACAACUUCACACAUCCAUCACAACACCAUAGAUCCACAACGACACCACAAACAUUCAUCUAAACAUGUUAACAAGCAAGAAUUUCAACUCAAAAGCACGAUCAACUACAGAAACAACAACAACAUCAACUACAACAACAUCAACAUCAACUACCACAUCAACUUCAGCUACAACAACAACGACCACAACUACAACAACACAUGUGGCCUGGAUGUUUGUAGAGAAAGGAUUCCUUCCAUAAGGACAACCGCAUUAUUCUUGCUAGCAGUCACUUGUGUUGUGGCAAGCAGGCAAACACUUCAUAAUGGCCGAAACAUUGUUAUGCAAUCAUAUGCUAAAUAA